CAAAUCCAGAAAAACGCCGGAGUUGGGCGUUGGGAGUCCGGCGCCGGACCCUGUAAAAGUGCCAGACUGAAGAAUAUAUAAAUGAGACUCAGGAUUAGCAGUGUUCUUUGAUUGUUUGAGGCAAGUACGACCUGCAAGACCCCCGCAAGCUCAUCCAGUUCCUCUUGGAUGCAAACAUCGCUUUGGUGCGACUGGAGUACUUACAUGAGCUUCUAGCCACAGGCCGAAGGUUCCUUCGCAGGCAAGAGGCGGAAGCUGAGUUGACAGCUGCUGGUCUUCCUGCACUUGUUGGACCAUCAGAGCUGGAGAGGGUGGAGAUUGAUACCAUUGGCAACCUCAGCAUCUAUGUCAAAGACCCUUCACCCCACAGAGUCACUGUGCUGAUCGAAUCGAUUUCUCAUCCCUGGGAGAGCAUGGAGCAUCCAGACCCACAUGGCUUUCAGCUCCAGCAGAUCGUCCAAAUGUGUCCGCCCCUGACGUCGACGCAUUCCAUCUGGGUGUUUUAUGAUUUCAUUUCCCUCUAUCAGUACGGUGGCCGAACUAGGCCUCAGGAGAAAUGUUUCAGAGAAGCUUUGGAGCACAUGCACACGUUGUACGCCCAUGAGGCUACGAAAGUCCGGAUAGUGGAUGAGCUCACUCCUGAGACGUGGAAGCGUCCAGGAACUGUAGAGGUCUUUUCAGGGCAGGCAGGACGCGUCAUACCCGUCUUUGUUGACCAACUCAAGGCCAAUCCAACACCUUACUCUCAGAGAGGCUGGUGCCAGGCAGAGCUCCAGUGGUCCAGCUUAAGGAUGUCAUUGGACACUGGGACUGUGCCUAUGGAACCGGGACUCUUUCGUGAAAAAAUGGAGGAGCAAGGGUUGCGUUUUACCCACCAUGAUGACAAAGAACUCGUCAUGAAGCUUCAGGCUCAAGUCUUUGCGGAGAAGGUCUUGACCACCCGGCAGUUGAUGGCUGAAAACUUGGAUGAGGAUGCUCUCAACGUCCUUUGUGCUGCUUUGCCAUUCUACGCAGAUUUAGAUGAGAUUGUCGUCACUGGCAAUCUCCUGUCCAGGAAUGCAGCUGUGGCAGUCGCCAAUACGAACGCACGUUCGUACCAAAUGGAGUCUUGCGGACUUGAAGAUGAUGAUGUGCAAGAGAUUGUGGCAAGAUUGCUUCAUAGCGACAAGGUGGAGAAACUCCAGGUAGCCCAAAACAACAUUGGGCCCAGAGGACUUCAAGUCUUGAGAGAGCUGGUGGAGGCCAAACCUGAUCUCUACAUCGAUGUGUUGGCUGGUUGA